CCCUCAAGCACCCAACUCUUUACUCCUCUUCUGAGCUGGUCUUUGUUGGCACUGGAACUAAAUCAGGACAAAAGCUUUUCACUGAGCCAUCAUCCCAACUGAAAUUCAGUGAAAAAAAGCUCUGUUUUUUCUUGUGGGUUCUGCUCAAAUCAGCCUAAAUUUCUUGAUUGAAGGCUUCGAAGGGUGAAUUUUGGAAAAUGGCUCAACGGUCACAAGUUCCAAAGUUUGGCAAUUGGGAAAGCGAGGAAGAUGUGCCUUACACUGUCUACUUUGAUAAUGCCAGGAAGGGCAAGAAAGGUAGCAAAAUGAAUACAAAUGAUCCGCAAGAGGAUCUGGAUGCUGAAACAAAGGGCCAAAAAAGACCAGAGGCAGCCAGGGCAAAGCAUGUGCGACGCACUAGCCGAGAAGAUGGUGACCUGAGGAAAUCAAUCGACUCUCCCUUGCACUCUGAUGCCAUGAGUCAGAAAUCUGCAAAUGAAUCACCUCAUCAUAAGCAAGGUGGUUUAAAACAUGGGAGUAGAAAACCAGAGUCAGAAGGAUCGAAGGGAACUGACACAGUAAGACCAAGGCAUGAAAGUCGAGAAGAAGGUGAUUUGAGGAGGCCAACUGAUUCUCCAUUGCGGAAUGAGACCGGAAACCGUAGAACUAGUCAUGAUUCUCCACAUCAUCGUCAUGGUGGCCUGAGUGCUGGUGAAACACCUAAGAGGGUUGCUAGGCAAAGUGUGGGGUCUGAUCGCAGCAUUGACCAGUCUCCGCUACAUCCACACUCUCAGGUAAGGACUGGUGGCAGAGGCAGUGGAGUUUCUUCUCCAUCUUGGGAAAGAAAAGGCUCCUCAGAAGGUGGCCUUGGUUUGGCUCCUUCCACUCCUGGGGGAUCGCGGUUAAAAUCAGUAACACGAGGCGAUGAAACUCCUGAUCACAGCCCUGCUGUUCCCAAAUUCGGCGAUUGGGAUGAGACUGAUCCUGCAUCAGCAGAAGGAUACACUCACAUAUUUAACAAAGUGCGAGAGGAGAGACACAGUGGAGCUGGAAAAGUACCUGUUAUGCCGACAGAAUCAUCUUACUCCAAUGGUCAGAAACGAAUUGGAAAUGACAAUUCGAAGUGCUGCUGGUGCUUCCCAUGUGGCAGAUAAUUGUACAUGGCUGAACACGAAGCAAAGUUGGAAUGUAUACUAUGUAUAACUUGGAAUCAUGUAUAGAGUUAGCAAGUAUUUUGGCGUGUGUAAUGUAGUCCUGCAGGGAAAAUUGAAUUUUGAUACUCACUAGAUUUUCUAGCAUUUCUCCUAUCAACUCAAUUGUAUUUAUGAUCUUGCUAUGAUCAAUUGAAUCCUGGCAAGGUAAUUUCAUAUUUAUGUUUAUAUUGUUCAAUUUA